UUGUUACUAAAUAUUUCCUCUUUCUUUUUUAUUUCCUUUCCUCUUUCUUUUGUUAUUUCAUUUCCUCUUUUUAAAUUUAUUUCCUUUCCUUUUUUUUUUUGUUAUUUUCCUUUCCUCUUUCUUUUGUUAUUUCAUUUCCUCUUUCAUUUUUAUUAUAUGCCUUUCUCUUUUUCUAUUUUAUUUUUUUUUUUCUCUUUUUUUUGGUAUUUCUCUUUUUUUGUAUUUCCUUUCCUCUUUUUUUUUUUAUUUCCUUUCCUCUUUCUUUUUGUUAUUUCAUUUUUUAUUUCCUCUUUUUUUUUUAUUAUUUCCUUUCCUCUUUCUAUUUUUAUUAUUUUUCUCUUUCUUUUUUGGUAUUUUCCUCUUUUUUUAAUUUUUCUUUUUCCUCUUUCUUUUGUUAUUUUAUUUUCUUUCUUUUUUUUGUUAUUUCCUUUUCUUUCUUUUGUUAUUUUCAUUUCUUCAUUUUUUCUUUUUUUAUUUCCUCUUUUCUUUUGUUAUUAUUUCCUUUUUUUUUGUUAUUUCAUUUUCUUUCAUUUUUUAUUUCCUUUCCAUUCUUUCUUUUGUUAUUUCUUUCCUCUUUUUUUGUUAUUUCCUUUCCCUUUUGAUUUUGUUUCUUUUUCCUCUUUCAUUUGUUAUUUCCUUUCCUCUUUCUAUUGUUAUUUCUUUUUCUCUUUCUUUUGGUAUUUCCUCUUUCAUUUGUUAUUUCCUUUCCUCUUUCUUUUGUUAUUUCCUUUCCUCUUUCUUUUGUUAUUUCAUUUCCUCUUUCUUUUGUUAUUUCCUUUUUUUUUUUUGUUUUUCUUUUUUUUCUUUUUCUUUUGUUUUUUUUCAUUUCUUCUUUCUUUUGUUAUUUUUUUUGAUUUUUUUUUUUUUCCUUUUGUUCUUUAUUUUUGUUAUUUCAUUUCCUUUUCUUUUGUUAUUUCAUUUCCUCUUUUUUUUUGUUAUUUCUUUUCCUCUUUCUUUUUUUUAUUUCAUUUCCUCUUUCUUUUUUUUUGUUCCUCUUUCAUUUUUGUUAUUUCUUUUCCUAUAUUUUUAAAAAUCAGUUAUUUCCUUUCCUCUUUCUUUUGUUAUUUCCUUUCCUCUUUCAUUUGUUAUUUCCUUUUUUCUUUCAAAAGAAAUUUAUUUAAGAUUAGGAAUUUUUUUUUUUUCAAAAUUUUCAUUUUUAUUUCCUUUCCUCUUUCUUUUGUUACAGAAUUUCCUCUUUCAUUUGUUAUUUCCUUUAGAUUUCUUUUUAUUGUUAUUUCUUUUUCUCUUUCUUUUAAAAUUUUUUUUUUUCAUUUGUUAUUUCCUUUCCUCUUUCUUUUUUUAUUCUUUCCUCUUUCAUUUUUAUUUCAUUUUCCUCUUUCUUUUGUUAUUUCAUUUCCUUUUUCUGUUGUUAUUUCCUUUCCUCUUUCUUUUGGUAUUUCAUUUCCUCUUUCUUUUGGUAUUUCCUUUCCUCUUUCAUUUUCGACGUCGUAG